AUCUGCGCUCCCAUCCCAGGGCACUCGGGAGGAGCCUCCAAGUCUGUGGAAAGCGGGCGCUGGGACGGGGUGUGUCUCAGGCACCCCGGGGUCCCCAGAGCCACUUCAGAUCCCGGGGACCCAGCCCUCUGGCCCCCUAGGGUCCUGCCUGCCACCCUUCCGCAUCUCAGUGAGGAUGGAGCUUCUCGUGGGGACUCAGAGCUGCUUCCCAAAGAGCCUGCUGCUGUCGGCCUCCUUCCUGGCCCUCUGGCCACCCCAAGGCUCCCAGGCAGCCCUCCAUAUCCAGAAGAUUCCAGAACAGCCUCAAAAGAACCAGGACCUUCUCCUGUCCCUGGAGGGUGUCCCCGACAGCUUCCAGGACUUCACCUGGUACCUGGGGGAGGAGCCCCACGGCGGCACCAUGCUCUUCACCUACAUCCCCGGCCUGCAGCGGCCCCAGCGGGAGGGUAACGCCAUGAGACAGCGCGACGCCGUGGGCUUCCGCAACGGUUCCAUGCUGCUGCGUCGCGUCCAGCCUUCCGACGGCGGCACCUACCACGUGGCCGUCACCGUCAACCCCGCCUGGACCAUGAGGGCCAAGACCGAGGUCCAGGUGGCCGAGAAGCAUCAGCAGCUGCCGGCCGCGUCCCUGCCGGUGGGGGCCGGGAUCCUGGCUGCCGCCGUCCUCGGAUCCCUGGCCGCCGGCUUCCUGCUCGUCGGCAGCCUGGCCUACCUGCUGGUGACCCGAGGCUGGCGGGGCCGCAGCCCCAGGGCCACCGCCUCAGAGAAGCCAGAGCUGGACCCCAGCCAGGAGGCCGGUGACAACAACGUGUAUGAAGUGAUGCCGUCUCCGGUUCUCCUGGUGUCCCCACUCAGUGACUUGAGGCCCAUGAGCCCAGCCAUGCCCCGGCCCCUGCCUCCACCCCCGCAGCCUGAGUCGGAGGCCCGCCAGUACCAGGACCUGCUGCACCCCGACCAUGCUCCUUACUGCCAGCUGGUGCCAACGUCCUGAGCUAGUGGAGGAGACGAGGGCUCGGCCACCCUCUGGGGUCCUCAUACUACAGAAGGGAGACGGAGACCCCGCAGGACGGGCCUCAGGAACUGGAGAGGUGGAACCGGCUGCAGACUCAGCGCCCUGGUGGCAGGUCCUGGAGGGGACAGGAGACGGCAGGCCCGGCCCGCCCUUCAGCCCGAUCCGCCAAGCAACCCGGGCUGGCCACAUGCCUGGGCGCCAGGCCCUCCGGGGCAGGAGGGUGUCUCAGGUGGCCUCACGGGGACCCGCCAGGCAGGGCUGCCAACUGACCACCCAGCUCCUCCAGGGACCUCUGGAGCACCCUCCCCAGCAUGAGGCAGCUCCCAGCCCGCAGGUCCCCCGGGGUGGGGGUGAGGCACUUGGCCCAGGUGACUGUCCUGGCUGGUUACCUGGGCUGCUGGAGCCCCUCAGAAUGCAGCCUCUGGAACCGGAACCCGAGGCCCUGAGCUCGCCAGGUACCCGGGGGCAGCAGCCCCUGCUCUGUCCCCACCCCACCCCCUCUAACUUAUCCAGCAGCAAGUGAGCCCUCGUGUGAGGCGGCAGCCUGGGAUCCGCCGGAACAAAGCAGGCAGACACUCCUGCUGCCGGGAAAGAGUCCAGAAACAAAAUAAAUAACGA